UUUCUGGAAAUGUCGAGAGAAUAGUUUUCGCAGCCGCAAGCUACAAACUUUGAUCCCCAAAUUUGUCAAUCUAUCUCGCUUCCAAGAAAGAGGCUUCUCUAGCUUAAUCUCAGAUCUGAAUCGUUCCUUAGUGAUACAUCAUGCCGAAGAACAAGGGAAAGGGAGGAAAGAACAGGAAGAGAGGAAAGAACGAAGCUGAUGACGAGAAGAGAGAGCUUAUAUUCAAGGAAGAUGGACAGGAAUACGCGCAAGUCCAACGUAUGCUUGGUAAUGGGAGAUGUGAAGCUAUGUGUAUCGAUGGUACCAAACGUCUUUGCCAUAUCCGUGGUAAGAUGCAUAAGAAGGUUUGGAUUGCAGCAGGUGACAUUGUACUUGUUGGUUUGAGGGAUUACCAAGAUGACAAAGCCGAUGUUAUCCUCAAGUACAUGUCUGAUGAGGCUAGGCUUCUCAAGGCUUAUGGUGAGCUUCCGGAUAAUACCCGUCUCAACGAAGGAAUUGUUGGUGAUUUUGAAGAUGAUCCUCAAAAUGAGGUCGAUGACUUUGUUGAGUUUGAGGAUGAGGAUAUCGAUAGGAUCUAAGGCUUUGUUUGUGUUUUCUUUCUUUCCGGCUUGUAUUUUCUAUUUGAGACGUAUGACUUCUGAGUUUACAGAAGUGUAUGGUGAUAAAACAUUACUGUUGUUGCAAGAUACGUAAUACUAUUUUGUAUUUUGUUUUCCAAUGUCCC